UUAUCGUCAAGUAUAUAUUUUAUAGUAUAUAGUGUUAUAAUGUAGUACGCGCGGCUGAAUAAUGUUCCAUUUUGUUUAAUUAUUUUAUUCAAUUUCAUCUCAAUGAUCGAAAGAUCAAAACAAUGAUCAACAUAUUAUACUAUUGUUUAGAGAAAUGUGAAACGAAAAUCAAACAUUCCAGUGUUUAAAAAUCGUAUGUUAACUGAAUGCCACUAUAUUUGGAGUUUAUUUAGCGUUACGAAAACAAGAACUCAGACAACUCUGCUACAUCGAUAUCGUGAUCAAUAUAAUGAACAUAUCAUAGAUAUUAUUACGUAUGGAUCAUUAUAUGGCUGCCGCAGCGGCCGACCGGACGCGAUGGACGGUGCCGUCAAUACUACUGCCGGUUGCUGAACACGGCAAUAUCGGAGGACCGUGCGACGGACGGCAUCGUUACAACAGCUAACGGCACCACUCAUCCGGUGUCAGCACUUCACGGAUCCGACGACCGCGAUGGACGCGUUGGCCGUCGCGGCGGUCCUGCUGCUUGCGCUCAGGGCGGCCGUCUGCGUGGACGCGGCCGCCAACGUGGACAUCGGUCGUGGCGUGGACGUGCUCCAGCGGUUCGGCAUCAUCGGUGACGUGCUGUACGGCGACGUGUCCAACACCAAGGAGUCGGUCACCCACGACAUAAUCGACGGGGCCGAUCGUUUCACUGAAGUUUUAAAUGUGACAAAAAACCAUACAAAUCUACUAAACAUCACGUUUUGUCCCGAUUUGGACUGCCUAUUUGACGUAUAUUUUGAUGGCUUUCAAGUUGAUCUAACCGAUAAACCAUGGAAACUGUUGACAACAAGUAGAUCACGACAUAUGGUAUCUGAACGUUUUGGUGUACCUGAUAUAGCAAUGGGAUUCGGACAAAAAUUCGUAAUUGUGUCUUUUAAGCGACCGGUGAAACGUAUUAAAACAUUUGAUAACUUUACACAAGUAGCAGAACUAAAAUCAACAAUAUCUGACAAAUUUAAAUGUAUGUCCAUUGGUAUAGAAUCCAUGGUGACGGAUUUUAUUACGGAGCAUGGAUCACAUUAUAUUGAUGAAUACACAUUAGGAGAUACUGUUUUCCAGGUGUUGGUGUAUCUUCCGGUGUUCUACAACAAGUUCUACAAGUGCGUGCUCAACAACUGUUCGGAAUCGGACACGGCGUUGUUGCUGUCACCACUGUACACCGAAUACCAGGGACAUGUGAUGAGUGUCGGGUCUAACGCGGUGGAGAAAUGGGUCGACACCAACCUACAGGUCGAGUCCAAGCUGGGCCAUACGUAUAUCAGCUUAUACGCGCUCAAGAACCGACCCGAGCUGUGCAACGAGAUCGUCGCCCUAAUGGACGAGCAGUCGGUGGUCGGGCUGCACCUCAAGGUCGUGUCCACGUUCCUCGCCGAGCCAGUCAAGCGGAAAUGGUUCACCGAGGUGCUGGACAACCAUGUAAAACUCCGCGAAGUCAACCUCUGAACCCGCACCGCCCGGACAUCAUGAAGAAUAAUCCAUUUGUAUUUAAUAAUAUAAAAUAUAUUAUGGAUUAUACCCAGCGAUCGUUAAAAAUAGUAUUAGGUUCGAUACGUGUAAAAUGUCUAUACCCUAAUAUUAUAAUAUAUAGGUAUACCGUAUAAUGUUUACACAACAAUUGCAGCACAUCGAUGAUCGGCGGGAGAUCGUCAACGCGAACGAAAAGAAAAAAAAACGAUUUCCUAUAAUAUUUAUUAUUUCCGAGCAUAUCGUAACAUUAUAUUAGAAUAAUUGUAUAUAACUAAAUUAUAUAUUUACAUUGUUCAGUGUUUAUUUGAAAAUAAUACUAAGUACAUUUUAUUGAAGAAAAUUCAAUAAUUCUAUUUUGUGUAAAAUAAUUGUUAAAACUUUUUAAUUUUUUUAUAUAAGGUACUUAUAUAGUUAUAUAUAUAUAUAUAUAUACAUAUAUAUAUAUGUACACUUGUAUAGUUAUAUACUCGUAAAUCGUAAUGUAAAUUUGUAUACUGUAUAGUACCUAGUACCUAUAAUACUUUAAUGUAUAUAAAUAAAUAAAUAAAUAAAUAAAUAAAUACGAGUAUAAUA